AUGCUAUUGGACAUGCUUGAGUAUGCACACCACCAUCCUCUGGCCGACCACACAAAUCUUCUCGUUGCUUCAAAAGACGUGCCAGAGCAAAACACUGAGCUGUUCAGUGUGAUGCAAGCUUUGAAGAAGAGAGGUUACAGAGUUUUCUUUGUAGUGCCUGAUGAUUUACCAGAAUCGAAAUUGCCAUCUAGUGAUACUGCAAGCUUAAUAUGGCGUUGGACAAUUCUAUUUGAUGGAGAUGAACCUCUUGACAAUGGUUCUGAGUCCGAAGAAGAUUCGGAUACGGAUUGUGAAGAGGAAAGCAGCUCACAAGUUCCCCAGAAACGUCAGAACACAAAGUGUUGUGGAGGAAGAGGUUCGUGA